CGACUUCCGGCGCGAGGCGCAGCAGUGGAGCUUGUGCGGGCCAAUGGCGGCGCCGCUACUUCACACGCGGUUGCCCGGGGAUGUGGCCGCUUCGGCCUCUGCGGUCAAGACGCUGGGGGCCGCGAGGACUGGGAUUUCAGAUACGCUCACAUUAGAGAAUGAUUUCUUCAAUUCUCCCCCAAGAAAAACAGUUCGGUUUGGUGGAACUGUGACAGAAGUCUUGCUGAAGUACAAAAAGGGUGAAACAAAUGACUUUGAGUUGUUGAAGAACCAGCUGUCAGAUCCAGACAUAAAGGAUGACCAGAUCAUUAACUGGCUGCUGGAAUUCCGCUCUUCUAUCAUGUACUUGACAAAAGACUUUGAGCAGCUUGUCAGUAUCCUAUUGAGAUUGCAGUGGUUGAAUAGAAGUCAAAAUGUGGUAGAGGAAUACUUGGCUUUUCUUAGUAAUCUUGUAUCAGCACAGACUGUCUUUCUUAGACCAUGUCUCAGCAUGAUUGCUUCUCAUUUUGUACCUCCCCGAGUGAUCAUUAAGGAAGGUGACGUGGAUGUUUCGGAUUCUGAUGACGAAGAUGAUAAUCUUCCUGCAAAUUUUGACACAUGUCACAGAGCCUUGCAAAUAAUAGCAAGAUAUGUCCCAUCGACACCGUGGUUUCUUAUGCCGAUACUGGUAGAAAAGUUUCCAUUUGUUCGAAAAUCAGAGAGAACAUUGGAAUGUUAUGUUCAUAACUUACUAAGGAUUAGUGUGUAUUUUCCAACCUUGAGGCACGAAAUUCUGGAGCUUGUUAUUGAAAAGCUACUCAAGCUGGAUGUGAACGCAUCCCGGCAAGAUAUUGAAGAUGCUGAGGAAGCAGCAGCUCAAACUAGUGAUGGGACAGAUGCCCCAGAAGGAUUGUUUAACAUGGAUGAAGAUGAAGAAACUAAGGGUGAAACAAAGGCUGAUCCUGCACAGCUUGAUCACAUGGUCCAUCCUGUAGCUGAACGCCUGGACAUCCUGCUGUCUUUACUUUUGUCCUACAUUAAGGAUGUCUGCUACGUAGAUGGUAAAGUUGAUAACAACAAAACAAAAGAUUUAUAUCGAGAUUUGAUAACCAUCUUUGACAAACUCCUGUUGCCCACCCAUGCCUCCUGCCAUGUACAGUUUUUUAUGUUUUACCUCUGUAGCUUCAAACUGGGAUUUGCAGAAGCAUUUUUGGAACAUCUCUGGAAAAAACUGCAGGAUCCAAAUAAUCCUGCCAUCAUCAGGCAAGCUGCUGGAAAUUAUAUUGGAAGCUUCUUGGCAAGGGCUAAAUUCGUUCCUCUUAUUACUGUAAAGUCAUGCCUAGAUCUUUUGGUUAACUGGCUGCACGUAUACCUUGAUAACCAGGAUUCGGGAACGAAGGCUUUUUGUGAUGUUGCCCUCCACGGACCAUUUUAUUCAGCUUGUCAAGCCGUGUUCUACACUUUCGUUUUUAGACACAAGCAGCUUUUAAGUGGAAAUCUGAAGGAAGGUUUGCGGUACCUUCAAAGUCUAAAUUUUGAACGCAUAGUCAUGAGUCAGCUAAACCCUCUGAAGAUUUGCCUGCCCUCGGUAGUGAACUUUUUUGCUUCUAUCACAAGUAAAUACCAGCUCGUCUUCUGCUACACCAUCAUUGAGAGAAACAACCGUCAGAUGCUACCAGUCAUUAGAAAUACAGCUGGAGGGGACUCGGUACAAACCUGCACAAACCCACUUGACACCUUCUUCCCCUUUGACCCUUGUGUUCUUAAGAGGUCAAACAAAUUCAUUGAUCCUAUUUACCAGAUAUGGGAAGAUACGAGUGCUGAAGAGCUACAGGAGGUUAAGAAACCCAUUAAAAAGGAGAUAGUAGAAGAUGAAGAUGACGAUUUUUUGAAAGGUGAAGUACCCCAGAAUGAUCCUGUGAUUGGGAUAACACCAAGCUCCUUUGACUCACGUUUCCGAAGUCCUUCAAGUAGUGUGGGCUCCCCGCCGGUGUUAUACAUGCCAGACCAGUCCCCUGUGAUCUCAAGGAUUUGUGAUUGAGAUGCAGUGUUUUCCCAUCGUGCCCUUCAGUACCAAGGUUUGGGCAUCACGUUGAUCUAGAACAAGUACGUGCCCUGAGCAUCUGACAUUUAAGUUAGACUGAAUCUAGGGCCUGGACAGGUGUGGGUAGUUUGUGUGGUUUUUUUUUUUUUUUUUUGCUUUUCUUUCCCUUUUUGCUUCCCUUGCAAACAAAAGGAGAAAAGACUGAAUAUCAUGUGCAAUGUUUUACAGUGGGAUAAAUGUUGACGGCUUUGUUUAAUAUAUAUUUUUGUGUAUGUGUUACGGCUCUUGGACAUAAUUAUUGAGAGUUUUCUAACAUCAGCCGUAUUUGAACAUUUUUCGUUGUCAGAGCCAUAGUCACAGGCUUUGUGAUCUGAUUUAUUUUCAGUGAAAAAUCUUCGAGGACACUAUUUAAAAUCUUUAACUAGAAUGUGUUUACUUUGGCUACAUGGUUGGCCUGCUGCUGUAAUUGUAUUUGUGUGUUGGGAUCUCAGUGGGGCACAGAGAAAAGGAUAUAGGAGGAAAGUAGAGAGACAAAGCUAGUCUGGGUGGUAGAAGUUGGGGCAGGCACUGAAGGAGAUCUCUAGGGACUUCAAAGACCAGCAAAGGCCAGGAAGGGAGUGAGGAUUUAGAGAAACAAUCACAUGAAUUGUACAUUUAUCCAGUAUAAAAAAAAAUAGGCUUAAAACAGAUUUUCAGGUAAUUUGCAAUUCGCAUUGAUGCAAAGUAGGGUUGGACUUUUAUAAAAUACUUAGUAUUUUAUCCUUAGACUCUCAAGAGUACUGUUUGAACUGGAACUGCUUAUUUGUAUUAGAAUGUUAAAGCAGGUUCUUUGUGGCCAGCAUUUGUUGGUCAUUUGGAGAAUUUCUUUGCACAUGAAAAAACUUUGAGUCGGGUCAAAGUACUGUCCAACAGUGGAAUAGACUUGUUAGCUAUCAUAGUCUGUGGUUACUACCGCAGCCUCUAAGGGCCCUUCAUAGCAUGGAUUCAGCUUGGUGAAAUCCUACUCUGGUGAGGCUCUUUGUGUUUUUAUAACUAAACCCCAAGAGAGGAGAGGCUGAGACAACCUCGCUUUAUAACAAAUUUGCACAAGCACUGCUAGAAUCAUUUCGAAGCUCAUGCAUAAAAUUUAGCCUCAUUCUUUAGUUUGUACUUUUUUGUUUACUUGUGAAAGUAGACAUCUUUAAACAUAUUUAUUUUUUUUCUACCUUUCCAUUCUUUAUUUAAAGGCCAGCAAUAUUUUCUUGAUCACAAAUAUUUUGUAAUUAAAUAUUUUCUUUUUGUGCUCUUGUAUAAUUCUACUGAUGGCAAAUGUAGAAUUUGAAUUUCAAUCUGUAAAUAUCUUUUUGGAAAACAGACAUUUUUAUUGCUUUAAAAAGUUUUGGAUAUUGGUAAUUUUCUUUCAGUGAUUUGGUGGAAAGUCAUCUGAGAAACUUAAGGAUUCUCUGUUUUUAACUGCUGACAAAAAGUGGGAUUUUUGUAUACUGGAUAAAAUGAAUAAAUGAAAAAUGUCUAUGGAAGUUAACGGUAAAGUGGGGUCUUUGUGGAUUGGAAAGUAGUUUUAAUGUAAGAGGAUAUGUUUACAAACAAACCUCUUUUAUUUCAAAGGAAUUUGAGAAAAAAAUUCAUCAUGAAAAUAAAACGACAACAUGGUUAAUCUGGAGCUUUGUUCUUAUGCUAAUGAAGUGAGGUACCCCAAUAAAUAGAGUUGUCGUAAAUGUUCUUCUGAUGUCUGCAUGUCUCUUACUGAUCCAAUGUAUUAAAGCACCAUUUUGCAAUGGGAAAACCAUUCCUGAGACUUCACCAUCACAAAGAGGAAAUACUGCCAGUGUCACUGGGCGUAUUCAGAAAUAAAUUCUCUUAGUUAUCUAGUGCUGCUAUAACAGUGGAUGGCUUUAACAAAGAAAAGUUUAUCCUCUCACAGUCAAGUCCAAAUUUAGGGCAUCAGUUCCAGGGAAGGCUUUCUCUCUCUCUCAGCUCUGGGGGAAGGUCCUUGUCCUUAGUCUUCCCCUGACUGAGGAGCUUCUCAGGCACAGGGACCACGUGUCCAAAGGAUGCAUUCUGUUCCCAGUACUGCUUUCUUGGUGGUAUGAGGUCCCCAGCUCUCUGCUUCCUUGGCUUUUAUCUCUUGAGAGGGACAAGGUGGUGCAGGCCACACCCCAGGGAAACUCCCUUUACAGUGGAUCAGGGAGGUGACCUGAGUAAGGGUGGUGUUACAAUCCCACCUUAACAUAAAAUUACAAUCACAAAAUGGAGGACAACCACACAAUACUGGGAAUCAUGGCCUAACCAAGUUGACACAUUUUGGGGGGGUCACAAUUCAAUCCGUGACAAAUGAUAAAUGCUAAUGAUGAGGAGGCCUUGAAGUGUCAGCAGCUCUCCCUGAUUGCAUUCAGCCAAGGUGACUGAAGAACUGUUGCUGGGUUUCAAGGGAAGCAAAAAUUUUUCAAAAAAAGUUUCUUCGAAGGAACAUCUAUGGGAAAUCUUGAAAAGUAUAUGAAAACAAUGGGAUUUUUCUAUCUCUUUAAAGCAAGCUUUCAGUGGGGGUAGGAUUUUCCUGUUUUCUUUUGUUGUCCUUUGUGCUCUGGUUAGGUGUUCUUUAAUGAGAUGUAGCUAAUUUAUACAGGCAUCUGUUCUUGUUGAUUCCAACUCAUGGCAACCCCUAAGUAUGGUGAAAGAACCAGUGAGUCACUUAGAAGGUGUCAUGGGUGUCAGACCAGACUUCUCUUCCUGGGUGACCUUGAGCGAGUUACCUAACUCUGUUUGAGCCCCACUUUUAUUGAGCUGUAAAAUGGAAAUAACUAAUACCUACUUAGGGGUGAUAAGGAGUUAGUGAAAGGGAGGGUACAUGUGGGGUCAGUUAACAAUAGCAGUUGUUUGGCUAUCUUGUGAGAAAGUCAGCUCUAGUUAAAACAGGAAGCACUUUCAUGAAAAGGCCUUCUCAAGGCAAAGGUAACUUCCAUUUCUGCCACAUCACCUUGGUAAUUUAUCUUGGAAGAAGUGCAGCCAGAAUGCUCCUUAGAAGCAAGGAUGGUGACGCUUCGUCACCAUCACAUACCUUGGACAUGUUAUCAGAAGGGACCAGUUCCUGGAAAAGGACAAAGUAGCUUGGUAAAGUAGAGGGUCAGUGAAAAAAGAGGAAGACUCUCAAUGAGAUGGACUGACACAGUGGCUGCAAGUAUGGGCUCAGACAUACCAACAAUUGUGAAGAGGGUACAGGACCAGGCAGUGUUUCAUUCUGUUGUACAUAGGGUGGCUAUGGGUUGGAACCGACUCGAUGGCACCUAACAACAAAAACCUCCUUGGUAUGAACUUAAGACAUCUGCACUGGAGAGCAAGGCCAGGGUGUAACCGCAGCCAGGUACUGCUUGUAAGAGUGGCUCUUAACCCUGGUUAUGCCUUAGAAUCACCUAGGGAGCUUUGAAAAACUCUAUGUCCAGACCUACACAACCAAUUAAGUCAGAAUCUCCAGGGGAGAGGCUUGGGCAUUGAUCAGUUUUUCAAAGCCCUCUAGGGUUGCUAUGUUCUGCUGCUAUUCAUAAGGUUUUCACUAGCUAAUGCUUUUCAGAAGUAGACCGCCAGGUCCUUCUUCCUAGUCUGUCUUAGGCUGGAAGCUCAGCUGAAACCUGUCCACCAUUGGUGACCCUGCUGGUAUUUGAAUACCGGUGGCAUACCUUCCAGCAUCACAGCAACACACAAGCCUCCACAGUACAACAGCUGACAGAUGCGUGGUAUAGUGCCAGAAGAUGAGCCCCUCAGGUUGGAGGGCGCUCGAAAGAUGACUGGGGAAGAACUGCCUCCUCAAAGUAAAGUUGACCUUAAUGAUGUGAUUGGAGUCAAGUUUUCGGGACCUUCAUGGCGCGACUCAAAGUGAGAAGAAACAGCUGCAAACAUCCAUUAAUAAUUGGAAUGGGGAAUGUACAAAGUAUGAAUCUAGGAAAAUUGGAAAUUAUAAAAAAUGAAAUGGAACAUGUAAACAUCAAUACCCUAGGCAUUAGUGAGCUGAAAUGGACUGGUACCUUUUGAAUUAGACAAUCAUAUGGUCUAUGACAGGAGUGACAUUGAAGAGGGAUAUCAUAUUCAUCAUCAGAACAUCUUAAGAUCUAUCCUGAAGUACAACGCUGUCAGUGACAGGAUAAUAUCCAUACCCCUACAAGAAAGACCAGUUAAUACAACUAUUGUAAUAUAUGCACCAAGCACUAAGGCCAAAGAUGAAGAAAUUGAAGGUCUUUACCAACUUCUGCAGUCUAAAAUUGAUCAAAUGUGCAAUCAGGAUGCAUUAAUAAUUACUGGUAAUUGGAAUGCAGACGUUGGAAAUGAAGGAUCAGUAGUUGGAAAAUUGUGGCCUUGGUGAUAGAAACUAUGCCACAGAUCACAUGAUAGAAUUUUGCAAUACCAACUUCUUCAUUGCAAACACCUUUUUUCACCAACAUAAAUGACGACUAUACAUGUGGACCUUGCUAGAUGGAAUACACAGUAACCAAACCAAAUGCAUCUGUGGAAAGAGAUGAUGGAAAAGCUCAAUAUCAUCAUUCAGAAGAAGGCCAGGGGCUGACUGCAGAGCAGACCAUCAAUCACUCAAAUGCAAGUUCAAGUUGAAGCUGAAGAAAAUUAGAACAAGUCAACAAGAGCCAAAGUACAUCCUUGAGUAUAUCCCACCUGGAUUUAGAGACCAUCCCAAUAGAUUUGAUGUAUUGAACACUAAUGACUGCAGAAGAGUUGUGUGAUGACAUCAAGGACAUCAUACAUGAGGAAAGGAAGAGGUCAUUAAAAAAACAGGAAAGAAAGACCAAAAUGGAUGUCAGAAGAGACUGAAAAUUGCUCUUGAAAGUCAAGUAGCUAAAGCAAAUGGAAGAAAUGAAGUAAAAGAACUGAAUAGAAGAUUUCAAAGGGUGGCUCAAGAAGACGAAGUAUUAUAAUGACAAGUGCAAAGACCUGGAGUUAAAAAACCAAAAGGGAAGAACACACUGGGCAUUUCUCUGAAGAAAAAAUUCAAGCCUUGAGUUGCAAUAUUGAAGGAUUCUAUGGGCAAAAUACAAAAAUAAUGGGCAAAAUACUGAAUGACGCAGGAAGCAUCAAAAGAAGAUGGAAGGAAUACACAGAGUCAUGGUACCAAAAAGAGUUGGUCGAUGUUCAAACUUUUCAGGAGGUAACGUGAUCAAGAACCGAUGGCACUGAAGCAAGAAGUCCAGGCUUCACUGAAGACAUUGGCAAAAAACAAGGGUCCAAGAAUUGAUGAAAUACCAAUUGAGAUGUUUCAACAAAUGGAUGCAGCACUGGAAGUGCUCACUCAUCUAUGCCAAGAAAUUUGGAAGACAGCUACCUGACCAACCGACUGGAAGAGAUCCAUAUUUAUGCCUAUUCCAAAAAAAGGUGAUCUGACUGAAUGUGGAAAUUAUCGAACAAUAUCAUUAAUAUCAUACAAAAGUAAGAUUUUGCUGAAGAUCAUUCAAAAGCAACUGCAGCAGUACAUCAACAGGGAACUGCCAGAAAUUCAAGCUGAAUUUAGAAGAGGACGUGGAAGCAGGGGUAUCAUUACUGAUGUCAGAUGGAUCCUGGCUGAAAGCAGAGGGUACCAGAAAGAUGUUUACCUGUGUUUUAUUGACUAUGUAAAGGCAUUUGAGUAUGUGGAUCAUAACAAAUUAUGGAUACCAUUGCAAAGAAUGGGAAUUCCAGAACACUUAAUUGUGGUCAUGAGGAAACUGUACAUAGAUCAAGAGGCAGUCAUUCAAACAGAACAAGGGGAUUCUGUAUGGUUUAAAAUCAGGAAAGGUGUGAGUCAUGGUUGUACCCUUUCACCAUAUUUAUUCAGUCUGUAUGCUGAGCAAAUAAUCUGAGAAGCUGCGCUAUAUGAAAAAGAAUGGGGCAUGAGGAUUGGAGGAAGACUCAUUAACAACCUGUGUUAUGUAGCUGACACAACCUUGCUUGCUAAGAGUGAAGAGAACUUGAAGCACUUAUUGAUGAAGAUCAAAGACCACAGCCUUCAGUAUGGAAUACACCUCAACAUAAAACAAAAAUCCUCACAACUGGACCAAUAAACAACAUCACAAUAAUUGGAGAAUAGAUUGAAGUCAAGAAUUUCAUUUUACGUGGAUCCACAGUCAACACCUAUGGAAGCAGCAGUCAAGAAAUCAAAGGACAUAUUGCAUUGGUGAAUCUGCUGCAAAAGACCUCUUUAAAGUGUUAAAAAAAAAAAAAAAGAUGUCACUUUAAGGACUAAGGUGUGCCUGAC